AGUGAGUGAGUGAGUGUGUGUGUGCGCGCUCCUGUACUAGAGCACCGCAGAGCGGACGCUCCUCCCUCCGCCACAGGCUGGGACACUGCGAGGCCGUACAUCUGGUCACCCGGCGUCUGCGGCUCACGCUCAGGGAUGGAUCAGGGAUCCGCCGCGGGCACCGGAGGGACCUUCAUUUCCCUGAGCGACAGCGAGCAGAGAUGUUACUCCGGGCUGUACGCGCUCUGUCAGCCCGACAGUAGCGGCAAACUGGCGGCGGGGAAAGUGGCGGAGCUUUUCCGGGCGUCGCAGCUGCCGGCCGAGACGCUGCACCAGGUAACAGAAGUGUGUGGUGCUAAGCGGCUUGGCUAUUUCAGCUGUGGACAGUUUUACGUGGCUCUGAAGCUGAUAGCCGCGGCGCAGGCAGGUUUGCCAGUACGGCUGGAGAGCAUCGCAGGUGAACUUCCUCUUCCUGUGUUUGUCGGGAUAACGAACGAGCUUGAGAUGGGUUAUCCCAAUCAACCGUUGACCAAUGAGAGCCAGUCUCACAUCCUGGGCUUGGUGACAGGCUCCGCCCCUCGUCCCCCUGCAGACAGACCUGUACUCAGACACCCUGACACCAGCAUGGACAAGCAGGAGGCGUGGUCUCCACCACAGUCACCUGGCAUCUCCCCGCCCCGUUCACCAUCAGCCUAUCGCUGCUAUUCAUAUGGUGCACAGAGAAACGGAACAGACACACUAUUGGCAUAUGAGGCUAAAGGGCCAGGUCUUCCCGGCGUUCCUCAGGAAAACUCCUCUCCCAGUCAUUAUUCUCUCAGACUGCAGCCGGAGCAGCCUGUCGUCACACGCGUGGAGGUUGCGUCUGUGGAGCGCGUGGAGGUCGAUUACUCGGACGACCCCUGGAGGAUCACAGAAGAGCAGCGUGAAUACUAUACCAACCAGUUCAGGAGUCUCCAGCCUGACCUGAGCGCUCUCAUCAUGGGAACUGUUGCAAAAAACUUCUUCACCAAGUCGAAACUUCCGAUUCCAGAGCUGUCUCAUAUAUGGGAGCUGAGCGAUGUUGACAAGGACGGCGCUCUCACGUUCCCGGAGUUCUGCACUGCCUUCCAUCUGAUCGUGGCCCGGAAAAAUGGUUACCCUCUUCCUGAAACGCUCCCUGCCACGUUGAGACCGGGCUUUGUGGAAGCAGGUGUGCUUACAGCGCCACCAUCUGAGAUUAUAGGUUCUGUUGACCAGCAGAUGACCUCUAGACCAGGUGUGACCGCUAAGCAGGAAGUGAGAGAUGAAAGCAGGAAACGGGAAUUCUUCCUAAAGAGAAUUCCAGAGCCACAUGAAAAGCCAAUACAGCAUAUCAGCACUUUAAAGCCAGAUUCACCACAAGAACUUGAUACAAACAUGAAGUCAAGAACACGGCCCAGGUCAUACUCCAGCACCUCCAUAGAUGAUGCCAUGAAGAAGGUGGAGGAGCCUCCCACUCCUCCUCCUCGACCCCAGAAGACUCACUCCCGCGCCUCCUCUCUCGACCUCAACAAGCUCUUCCAACAGAGCGCCCAAGGUGCUAAAAGUGGCUGGUUGCCUCCUCCUCCAGCUCUCCCUCCACGACCCCCAGCUACACAGAUCUUCAGCUUCCUCCCUGGCUCAGAGAAGAGUUCCCAGAAGGCCGUUCAGCAGCCAAACUUUGCAGAUUUUAGCAAGUUUAGGGUGGAGCAGGAGAGCAGCGUGCGAGGAGAUCUGAGCACAGAGGACCUGACGCCUCCCAAAUCGGAUUCUACAGUGUUACACCAAGGCCACGCCCCUCAAAAGCCAGUGCGAAGAAAGCUCCACCCUGAAAGCCAGAGUGCCACGCCCCCCUUGGCCACGCCCUACUCUGCUGCAACAUUGACCAAAUCUACCCAGAGGCCUCCACCCAAGCAGAAGAGAGAGAUCCAGAUGGCCAUACGGAAGAACCGAGAAACCAACGCAGUCCUGACACGUCUCAACAGUGAACUACAGCAACAGCUAAAGGUUGUGCAUCGGGAGCGAGUCACUCUGGAGUCCCAGCUGGAGUUGCUGCGGCCCGUGGCGUCAAUCUGACCAACACACGCUCGCUUUCCCUCGCUCUCCAUCAUUCUAGUGUCUAAUACUGUGAGCUGUAACUCAGUCACAUGACAGGAUACGCACUUUAAGUGACCAAACAUUUGGGACGCCACAAACACCGUGUCAGAAGCACAGGAAGAGGAUUUACCUCCACGGGAGAACGUGAAGAAUUCUAGGAAGUUUGUUUGGUCAAAAAACUAUUUGUUUUGUUGGUUUCGGGUUUGUGUUUGUGUGUUCCUGCCUGUUUUAGAAUCAUGCUAACACAGCUAACCGCUAGAUACACAUGUCAAUAAAAAGCAAAAGCUUCA